AGUAGGUCUUGCUUUACUCAACCUUCACCUUACCAAAACCAAUGAAUUCCAGCUCAGGACCUCAUACAGACUCUGUUACAUACCCACCCGCAGUUCGUGCUGUAGAAAAGGAAAUUGUCUCCUCUCAACCUUCCUCAUCGUCCAUGUUGUUACAUUCCUCCCCCCAGGACAGACCCCCACAGAAAGAUGAGCAAACGCACUCGCCGUUGCGCUUGAGAGGUGGUUGCAUUCCUUGUCCCGGCGGAAUAUGUUGCAUCAUUCCGUGUCCAUGUUGUUGUUGAGAUGGAUCAAUUACCUUGACACGAAGUCUGCCCAUUUAAAUGGAUGGGUAUUUGUGGUCGUCGGUGUCACAUCAGAGUAACGUCAGCAUUAAGUAGCACAUCUCGUACGCUCCUCAGUUAUGUAUACUAUCUUCUUCCAAGAAAUACUUUAUAUUGGUUGUUGCUCCUGCGCUUUAUUUCAGA